UUUGAACACAUUCACGAAAAGGCAUCGCAAUGAAUCGCUUGCAGUGGAAAGCAUCAGUUCUUAUAUGUUCAAUUCUCAUAUUUUAUUCUGUUCCAGCUGUCGAGUCUGCUCCUGAGGAAAUAAAGAAUAUCUUAUCGCUUUUAACAGAACAUGGUGUCCAGAUGCAACACGUUGGAAACUCCGCUAGAAGCGUGGGCAAGGCCAUUCAAUCAAUGGGUAAAGCAGCAGCUUCUAAAGUACGAAUGCUGAAUGUCCUCACUGGAUGGGAUAAGUCCGAAACACCAGUUCCUACCUCCGAAAAGCCUGAUGCUGCCUCCAACAAACCACCUGCCAUUUCCAAAAGAACUGUCACUAAAGUGAUUAGUGACGGUGUGAACAGUGUUUAUCGAACAGUGGCUAAUGUAGCAGCUGCUAAAAUAAACUUUUUUAGAAAUCUUACUGGAUGGAACAAAUCCGAAAACCCAGUUGCUAACGCCACAAAACCAUUAGCAAACACGAGAAAACCAGUUAAUUAUUCGCAAAGACCAGUUACUUACUUAGAGGAACAACAUACUUACAGGGAAGAACCAGUUAACAACAUGCAUGAACCAGCUAACCACAUGCAUGAACCAGCUAAUAACUCGGAAGAACACUAUCUGAAAUUUUAGUUUUCAACUGAUAAAUUAUAAUUUCAAAAUAUGUGGUUAAGGUUUCAUAAGAUCUUUAUAUCUGUUAUAUGGACUCUAAAUAAAAUUCUUAAUUCCCAA